CUUGGUUUGGCAUCAAUCUGCUACAAUUUCAUGUUUACCAUGUGUAGAAAAUAGCUGUUAUUAGACCCUAAUUCUACCACAUACUCAGUUGUUUACAUGAUCUAUUAAAUUCUACAAAUAUUGUUCUCUAGUUGUGUUUGUUUUACAGAUUUACUCUGUUGCCAUGACUGUAGACAAAGCAGCCCCAGCAACAAUUGCCUGCAACCAGCUCCAUAGUAACAGCUAGGCACAUGUUUGUAUAUUUAGUUGCUUCUGCCUAGAAAUUUUCUUCCUUCUUCUCAACACUAGCAUUGUGAUAGUCAGUCAACAUUACACUAUGUCUGAUCAUCCAGAUUCUCAGACCCUGCCAGGUGGAACUCCAAACACCAUGAAUACUGCUCCCAGUUCAGCCAUGUCACAAGAGCAACGAGCUAGACAAAACGAAUCCAUGAAGGGCUGUGGAGGGCAAAAUCACUUGGCACCUGAAGAGCAACAGCAUGAUUACACCAAGGAAAACCUUACAUUUACAGACCCUCUUGCAGACACCAUCAAUAGCGCGUACCUUGGUACGGUGUUGGUUUCUAUUGACAAGUUGAACACCAACUGGGGAGAAGGACUUGACGCCAAUCGUCCUCUUUCCGAGUCCCAGGUAACGAACCUGGUGAAGAUAUUUACCCAGUCAGGUCUCCGAAAGGAGGAGUUCGAUCAUAGGUUGGUGGCCGGGUGUGAUCAGGGGACGUGGAACAGACUAGUUGCAAAAGGAAACCUUUCCGCGGCAAUUGUCAGUCAAAUCCGAGAUGGCCUUCACAGGUUCUCCACCAAUCUCCACGAAUUUCAUACUAUUAACAUUGACGACGAGAACGUUCUGCUGUACGCCGGUCAACAUAGACGCGGGGCCAUCAUCCACAUUUGUAAUACGACUGAAAACCUCACCGAGGAAGACAAACGCAAGGUCAAAUUGUGGCCUUGCGAGUUCUAUGAUGACAACAAACUCAUGGUGGGAGCAAAAAUGAAGCUCCAAGAGAAUCUCUGACUGAUUAUUCUUGCUGAGU